AUGUCCACUGGUUCGAGUCUGGGACACGCAUCCUCCCAUCUGACAUUCACAAACGCGCGCUUGACUCGAUCACUGCGCCUCCCCCGCGCCAAGGAGCUGGACGAACCCGCCGACGCCGGCGCCGUGGCUUCCUCUACCUUCUCCUCACUGUCCAGCGCCGAGGACGACGCGUUCCAGGACCAGCUCGGCGGGCACGGAGCGCUCGCGCCACCAGCCGCCGCCGACGUCGCCCAGCCGGUACCGCGGCGGCGGUUCUGGGCGUGGGCGACCGCGCGCGCCGCCGCACCAAGGCUGCGCGAGGCCUGCGAGAACGCGGCGCGGGACCUCGUAGCGUGGACCAGGCGGGGCGGCGCGCCCCGUUCUCUCCUCGUCGUGUUGGUUGGAUCCGUGGCGCUCGUGGUGCUAACCGGCCUCCUGAUCGUCGUCUUCUUCGUGGUGGCGGCGGCGACGAACGCCAUCGCCGUUUCCGUCGUCGUGUCCAUGGUCGCCGCCGGGGUGUUCCUGGCCGUGCUGCUGGCUUUCCUGGCCGCGAUAUACAUCGGCGCACUGUCCGUUGCCGUGUUUGUUAUCUCGGUCACGACGAUCGCAACAGUCGUUGCCAUCACGAUCGCCACUGGUUGGGUUGCAUUCUUCUGGUUUGUUUGGUUUACCGCCACAGAAUGCCUGAGCCUGGCAACUAAGCGAAGAACCGGCACCAUAAAUCCAUGA